AUGGAAGCCACACCUUUGCCUUUCCUACAUGCAAUAGAGACUCUAAAGCAUUUGCCACGGACAGGAUGGCUGAGGAUGUUUGACGACAACCCCGAGAGGGUUGAGAGUGUGGCGGCGCAUAGCUUUCGAGUAGCCAUCUUGGCCAUGCUCGCUCCGGAAAACCUGAAUCUAGAUGUAGGGAAAUGCACCGAAAUGGCUUUGGUCCAUGAUUUGGCCGAGUCGGUCAUAGGAGAUAUUCCAACGUGGGCUAAGGUCCCAAAGGAAAGGAAAUACGAGAUGGAACACAACGGCUUUCAAUAUCUACACAACUUGCUUCAAACUUAUAGCCCGAAAACAGCAACGAAAAUCAGCGAGCUAUGGCUGGAAUUUGAACAAGGAGAAACACCGGAAGCAAAAUGGGUCAAGGAGAUGGAUAAGUUCGAGUGCCUAGUCCAGGCGCACGAAUACGAACAGGAAACCUUUGGCAAAAAGGACUUCGGCGAGUUUCAAGGGCAAUUAAAGGAGAUUCAUUCCAAAGAAGCCAAAAAAUGGGCGGAAUCUUUAUCCCGGGAAAGGGAAGAUCACUUCGCCAAGAGACAAAAGAGAUUACCUAUCAUCUUUAUUACCGGGGAUCCAGUGGCCUGCGACAAUAUCGCUAGCCAUGUCACAGGAGAGCUUUCGCUUCCCCACAUCUCUAUGAACGAAACGCUACACGAAAAGGCGCAGGAUCUUGAAUAUCGCCAUCACGGUAUCAUCAAGAAUUGUCUCGAUAAGAGAAUCGAAGUGCCGGCUAGCCUGGUUGUUGAAGUACUUGAGAAUAAGAUUAAAGCUAUAGGUGAACAGUCUUGGGGGAUUGUCUCUGGAUUUCCGGGUGACACAGAACAGCUCGCAGAAUUUGAAAAGAAGGUUCAAGAUUGCAAUUGUAUCUUGUAUGUGGAAUGCCCUCCACACACUAAUGAUCAAAGGCAAGAGUCUUCAGAAUCGGAAGAUGCCAAGAGUACGUGGCGGCGUCCAAAAGCUCCCUUUAAGGAUGUUUUGAAGAGUUCAGCUGCCCGUUUUGAAGUGGUUGGUUCUACCACCGACCAGCCGACGAUGUCCGAAAUAGACCUUUGCCAUCUGGCCGUAAAUUCGAUCAAGGCUUUCAUCACAGAUGGAGGGUUAGUGAAACAUGGCAAAAGCGCAUCUUAA